AUGCCUGCGGCGUACCGGCAUCCCGCGCCGCAGUAUCCAUGUCUGUCUGCCGAAGAAGCAGCAAGUCGUGCAGACGAUCAUGGACGAAAGCUGCACGAGUUGAAAUGGCUGUACCUGGACAGUGUCGGCCAGGAAUUCGGACCGCUUUCAAGUGGGACCAUGCAAGAGUGGCUGACCAUGGGCCGCUUUCCCGUCGGACUUGAUCUUCGAGUUCGAUUGCCUGAGUGGGACCAGCAUCUCCCGCUGCGUCAGAUAUUCCCGGAUCUUUCAGCAGCCUUUCGACUACCGCCAGCCUGGCCGGAGGCCUGCCAAGAAGGCAAGUCUUCCGGCUCUGGCAGCCUGGAAGUGGAGGAUCUGCGGCGAUCCAUCCGUGAGUCGGGACGCAUGAGUGGGCCAUUCCACAACUGUGUGCCCAGCAGCUCUUCGGCAUCCCAGGGCGCUCAGACCAUCCCCUGCUCCGUCAGCUCCGUUUCGUUCGCCCCUUCUGUGAUGCGGCCGGAGAGAAACAAGAUCCCGACAGCUGAGCAAGCCAGGGAUCUUGCGACUGCAAAGCCCCCGGACUCGCUGCCGCUCCCGCCGCGUGAGUCAAUCCUGCUGGAGAGGGCUGAGCUGCCGCCACUUCCGAAGGCCCAAUCGGUGCUGGAAAGGCUGCUGCAGCAGGAAAAGCAAGAGUUGCGGCUGACCUGCCAAAUCAAUGGCCAGACGAAGGACUCUGGCAGGCUCUUCCUCGAAAAGGUCGCCAACGGUGCGUCUCACAAGGUCAACGGGACCAACGGGCCCAACGGGACACAUGGCACGAAUGGAAAACUGGAGGCCGACCGACUUGUGCAGAAUGGAAAUGGAGCAGUCGUUGCACUGUUGCAAGACUAG